AUGAAUUUUAGUCGAUUAGUUUCAACUGUUCCAUUAAUUCGAACAAUUCGCCCUGCAUCAUGGAUGUUUCAGUCUCGAAAUAUGUCGUCUGCUGUGAUCAAUCAAUCAUUAUAUAAUCUUACUGAAGAGGAACAAAUGCUUAAAGAAACAGUUGCUCGAUAUGGUAAAGAACAUGUUGAACCUUUUCUUCGUGAAAUGGAAGAAAAAGAACAAUUCAAACCUGAAAUAAUAAAAGCAGCAUUUGAUCAAGGAUGGUUAGGCAUCGAAAUACCUACAGAGUAUGGUGGCAGUGGUUUUGAUCUUUUCUCAUGUAUAUUGGCAAUUGAGGAAGCUUCGAAAAUAGAUAGUGCAUUUGGAGGUUUAAUUGAUAUACAAAAUACUGUUGUUAAUCCUUUUUUUAUUCAACUUGCAAAUGAUGCCCAAAAAGAAUAUUAUCUACCAAAAUUAGCAAAAGAUAUGAUUGGAAGUUUUUGUUUAACAGAACCGACUUCUGGUAGUGAUGCAUUUGCUUUAAAAACAACAGCAAAAAAACAAGGUGAUUAUUAUGUAUUAAAUGGAACAAAAAUGUGGAUAUCAAAUGCAGGAAUAAGUGGAGUCUAUCUGGUUAUGGCAAAUUUAAAUCCAGAAAAUAAAUACAGAGGAAUUACAACAUUUAUUGUUGAUGCAGGCACUGAAGGUCUACGUAUUGGAAAAGCAGAGAAAAAACUUGGUUUAAAAGCAUCUUCAACCUGUCAGGUUCAUUUUGAUGAUUGCAAAAUUCCUGCUAAAAAUCUUCUUGGUAAAGAAGGACAAGGUUACAAAUACGCAAUUACCAUGCUUAAUGAAGGCCGUAUUGGUAUUGCUGCUCAAAUGGUUGGUGUUUGUCAAGGUGCAUUCAAUAAAACAAUACCAUAUACAAAAGAACGAAAACAAUUUGGUCAACGUAUAUUUGAUUUUCAAGGUAUGCAACAUCAAAUAGCAUCAUUAGCAACAGAAAUCGAAGCUGCUCGACUUUUAACAUAUAAUGCUGCACGUUUACGUGAUGCUAAAUUACCGUUUGUAAAACAAGCAGCCAUGGCUAAACUCUAUGCAUCAGAGUUAGCAGGCAGAGUAACUAGUAAAUGUAUUGAUUUUAUGGGUGGUGUUGGCUUUUCAUGUGAUUAUCCACAAGAAAAAUUCUUCCGUGAUUGUAAAGUUGGAACUAUUUAUGAAGGAACAAGUAAUAUCCAACUAAAUACAAUUGCCAAGUUUAUUGAUAAUGAAUACUGA